UAGCUUCACGCUAACAGCUAAACGUUUCACCACGAAGAGUUCUACAUGUUUAAUUUUUGUGGACGGUUCUUGUUGACAGAAGUUACUACACGGAAAUGUGUUUUUAUUUCAACACGAGACGCAGAACAAACCACAGAGUCAAAGAGGGAGCUGCCCCAGCCUGUGAUUGGAGGACGCUGUGCCACGUGGAGAUGUCCCUACUAUGCCACUAGAACACAUUGUAAUACCUGUCAGGUUGCUCUGUGGGGCGGUUUGAGGAGGAAUAUAACAAAGGUUUCGACCGCAGCUGCUGAGUGACCUCCUGCAGAGCAGACCGAGGUUGUCCACAGACUUGAACUUUUUAAUGCAUUAAAUUGGGACUGCUUUUUAGCAACCGCAAUGGCUUCGAGCUCGUUCGACAUCGAAGCGCCGCGAUGGGAUCAGUCCACGUUUACGGGCCGACUGAAACAUUUCUUCAACAUCACAGACUGGCGAACGGUGGUCUUACCUGACUCACGCUUGGAUGAGGCCAAAGCUUUAGUAGAAAGCUGCAGGGCAGGAUCCACCCCACCCGGCACCACAGAGGAGCAGCUCCACUACGCUAAGAAGCUCUACGACUCGGCCUUCCACCCGGACACCGGAGACCGCAUGAACCUCAUCGGACGCAUGUCCUUCCAGGUCCCUGGAGGCAUGGCCAUCACCGGCUUCAUGCUGCAGUUCUACAGGACAGUUCCUGCUGUGGUGUUCUGGCAGUGGGUGAAUCAGUCCUUCAACGCUCUGGUCAACUACACAAACCGUAACGCUGCCUCCCCCAUCACUCCCAAGCAGAUUGGAGUCGCCUACGUCACAGCAACCAGCACAGCGUUAGCAACAGCAGUCGGACUCAAUCUCUACACAAAGAAAGCUCCUCCUCUCGUGGCUCGCUGGGUUCCUUUUGCAGCGGUGGCAGCAGCCAACUGUGUUAACAUUCCUAUGAUGAGGCAACAGGAAAUUCUGAACGGUAUUUCUGUCACAGAUGAAAAUGGCAACAAACUGGGCCACUCUAAGAAAGCAGCAGUAAAAGGCAUCACUCAGGUGAUCGUCUCUCGGAUCACCAUGGCUGCACCAGGAAUGAUCAUCCUGCCCAUCAUCAUGCAGAGGGUGGAAAAAUACAAGUUCAUGCAGAAAAUCACGUAUCUCCACGGACCAAUUCAAGUGAUGAUGGUGGGAGUGUUUUUGGUCUUCAUGGUGCCUGCUGCCUGCUCCCUGUUCCCUCAGAGAUGCUCUAUGGCCGUGUCGAAGCUGGAGCCCGAGCUGAGAGACUCCAUCGUGUCUCAAUAUGGAGCAGCUGUACAACAGGUCUACUUCAACAAAGGCCUCUGAGGGUCAGAGGGCUGAUUAUGUACUCGCCACACGACACCGAAUACAUACGUGUUCAUGUAAUAAGUCUUCAUUUUCUAAUUAUUAGUCAUUAUGAAAUGCUCGUCUCCCUACGUCAUAAAAUCGGUGCUUAUUGGUGGGAUGAUUUCGAUCAAUCAUGUCACUUUUUUAUGUUUCUUUGGUACAAAAUAUUCCUGUUUUCUUACGUUAAACAGUUACAAGGGGCACUGUGUACUCCUGUUGAGAAACCAAAUGUUCUCCUCUCAGGAAAGGCGCAUUACUUUGUCAGAUUUAAACUCUUGUAAGUUUGUACUUCAUGACUCGCCUGUAGUUGUUUUCAUUGGCUUUUUAAAACAGCCUUGUGCUCCUUCUGUCUGACAAUUUUCCUUACAAUCUGUGCCUUCUACAACACUACUGCAUUUUAUUUUCUUUAAACCAAUAUUGGCUUUACUGUGAAACCAGAAAAAAUACUUCUAUGCAUGGGUUAAAACUCUGAAACGGUCAUUCAGUGUGGUGUGGAGGUUUAGUGUGAUAACAGUGGAGGAUACUGCCCUCUUCUGCCAGAAUGGAGGUAGAUGUACGACUUGUUUGCAUGAAAGGUUUACCAGUCAGAUCAUGUCGCUGUGUAUACACAGACUUGUGCCACAAUCCUCAGUAUAAGCUGGAAUAAAACUACACAAAUAUUUGAAAUGUAA